AUGUCUUUUCGACAAUAUUCAGCUCAUAAUGAGUUGGUAAGUAAAAGUAUUUUUGAAGCAGCUUGGGAUGCCAUGGACCAGGCGGCACUGGAAGAAUUGCAAUUAGCAAAAGAUAUUGGAGAAGUAGAUGAACAAGGAAAUGGUCUAAUUGCAGUGAUUGUUGACGGUGCAUGGUCUAAGCGGUCACAUAAAGUUAAUUAUAACGCUUUAUCUAGAGUUAUCAUUAGAAACAAAGAUAUUGUAAUUAAACAUGAGCUGCUACAACAAAGGUUAAGAAAAAGGAAACGUAUGGUAGACGAAACAACUGAAGAUUCCGUUAUUACCGAUCCAAUGAAUAAAUUUGAAGUUGAAGUAUUUAUAUCAGUAAUUAAUCAGGCAAUUCAAAGUAUAAGUCAGAGAUUUGAAGCCAACAAACAAAUUUAUGAAGAUUUUUCAGACCUUGACUCCAGAAAUUUUGAAAGCUUGGAUUUAUUAAGCGACUCCAAAGUUACUGAUAUUGCAGAAAAAUUGGGAUCGAUAAUGUAG